AGCGGGGACCGGCUGGUUACGCAGCGGCCGUGGGUCUCCACCCGAGAGUAUGGCGGCCGGGAUCGCUCCGGAGAGCGGCGGAGAAGCGGAGACAUGCCAGAGAUGGUGAAAAAGAAACAAAGAGACGCAACUUCUCCGAACUGCUCGAGCUCGCGCUGGCUUCCCGCGGCGGCCUCCAUCCGGAAAAACAGCGGCUGCACUUCGAUUCACAGCUAAGCCACUGCUUUUUGUUUUUUGUUGUCUUUUUUUUCUUUCUUUCUUUCUAUCCAGCGUCCUCGAUGGAGCAAGUUUGUUUUUUUGUUAUUUUUUUUUUUUUGCGGUGCACAGCCAGCGGUGAGCUGAGCAGAUGAAACCCCGCACGCGCCUCCUCAGCAGCCGCCGAUCGUCUCCUCCUCCGGCCGCGGUGCUCGGAUGCUCCGGUAGCUGUCAGCGUCUGGCCUGCAUGGGGGAAUUUCUACAAUGAAAUCCAUCUUGGGGCACCGAGGCUUUGUGCUCCGCCGCAGCUGAGCGGCGGCGGCGGCUCGGACUUCGUGUUUAUUGACAAGCCGAUGAUGAUGAUGGUGAUGAUGAUGAUGAAAAUGGCACGCGGACGCUGGAUGUGAUUUUUCGCUGCGGGAACAUUUCGAGUUCAAUUUCAAUGACGCGCGGAGAUUCGACACCUUUCGUCUCGAUUUAAAUCCACGAUGCGCGAGUACAAAGUGGUGGUCCUGGGCAGCGGCGGGGUCGGGAAAUCCGCCCUCACCGUGCAGUUCGUCACCGGGACGUUCAUCGAGAAGUACGACCCCACCAUAGAGGAUUUCUACCGCAAGGAGAUCGAGGUGGACUCGUCCCCCUCGGUGCUGGAGAUCCUGGACACCGCGGGGACCGAGCAGUUCGCCUCCAUGCGGGACCUGUACAUCAAGAACGGGCAGGGAUUCAUUCUGGUCUACAGCCUGGUCAACCAGCAGAGCUUCCAGGACAUCAAGCCGAUGAGGGAUCAGAUCAUCAGAGUGAAAAGGUACGAGAAGGUUCCCGUGAUCCUGGUGGGGAACAAGGUGGACUUGGAAAGCGAGCGGGAGGUGUCGUCCAGCGAGGGCCAGGCCCUGGCCGAGGAGUGGGGCUGUCCGUUCAUGGAGACGUCGGCCAAGAGCAAAACCAUGGUAGACGAACUGUUCGCCGAGAUCGUUCGGCAGAUGGACUACGCCGCCCAGCCAGACAAGGAUGACCCCUGCUGCUCCUCGUGCAAUAUACAAUAGCCCCAGGGGCCUCCGAGAACAGGCUGCGGGAAAAAAAAAAAAAAAAAAAGAAAAAAGUCUACUUAGAGGAAGCUCCUUUGACUUGCAGAUACACACUUAGAUACAAACAUGCACAUUGCCAAUUAAACGGAAGACAAAUUCACGGUUGAACGCAACGGAUUUUAACUCUGUGGAGCAUAAAAUCUGCAGUGACAUGGCUAAUAAUAACGACAUGUGAGUAAUGCAUACAUUAUGAAUGAGGAAUGCCAGGAAUUUGCCGCAAGAGAAAUUGACAAAUGACGAAAAAGGAACGUGCCCUCGCCUUAUGUUACACUGUUUUGUUGUUUGAAUCUUUUUCCAGUUAAAUGGGGGAGCAAUCAUCAGCAAAGAGUCACAGAUAACAAAUCUUUACUUUUUAGGAUUUUAAACGGUCUGCUGUGAAGAAGUGAAUAUUUUCUUUGGUUUUCUGGUUUGUCCCUUUACGCACAGAAAACAUUUAGUGUUUUCAGUUCCCAGGAGUUACUAACAGAGCAGCUGUUUGGGAUCCAGCGAGGAGCGAUUGAUUUACAGUAUGUACAUGAUUUCUCCCAGUGAAGUUGUGUAGUGGUCGCUUGUUUUUUCUACUCAUCACAGGGCUGAACCAAAGAGGUGACCUGACAGCACCUCCGUUUUCUUUUAUAGAACUUUUUUGUUUGUUUGUUUGUUUGUUUCCAGCCGUUACAGAAGGAAUAGAGACAAAAAACAUAAGUCAGUGUCUUUCUUCAAACAUGGGUGCAGCCAUCUCUUUCCUAUUUUCUCACUUUGAGAUACAAUAGUAAGCAUAGCAGAGUCUUCUCACAUAUCGAGUGAUGUUUCGUUUUCCUCUCUGGGAGACAGAUUGCAGAGCGGUAAUAUUAACUGAACAAAGAGUGUUUACACUGUUUCUCUACAGACUCACGGUUCUCUGCUAACCCGUUUAAGGAAUGGGUGACGUUUCAAAGUGAAGAUGCCAACAUUUGCCAUAUUUUACAUUUGUUUUACCUCCUCUGGUACCGACAGGUCCGACGUCCUGACGCCGCUCUCUAUGUGCUCAGAGUAAUCAGAUUCAUAGUCACGACCAGUCACAGGGAAAGGCAGUGAUUAUAAGAAUAAAUAAAUGGUAGUGUAAAUAUUUUGUAUUGAAAGUGCCAGCUCCUGUGAAGACACUGACUCAACACGUGGAAUUGUCAACUGUAUGCAUGGCUAGUAAACAACAGAGGACUCUUAUUGUUUGAGAUUAAAAAUAGGCUGUGGAAAUGUGCAAAUCAAACACACAAACACGUCUGGAUCUGGACACUGUUUCAGCUGUACAUCUGUGUUGCCACGGGAACCAGACUCUCCCCGUGUGACCAUUUUCAUUGUUGAUUUUAUAUUUUUUUAUGUGACCAUUUAACUCUUUCUCCCUCUCUGAAUGGUGACACUGUUACAUUUGACACCUGAACAAUAAAAGUGCGAUCAACACUCGA